AUGGCCGCCGCAGUUCACGCGCCUCAAAUGGGCGUCAUGGGCCAACAUCCCCACGCCAUGCAACAGCAAUACGACUAUCAAAACGGCUACUCUGUCAUGGAGGACUCGGACGACGGACAUCCGCAAGACGUGAUGGACGAAGACAUGGAGGCAUACUAUCGCCGACACGAGUACGAGCAACACUUUCACCAGCAGCAGAUGCUAGCACAGCAGAACGGCAUGCAGUACCACCACGAGGAUGCCGACACCGACUUGGAUGACGGGGACAUGUACGACUCUGACAGCUCGGACGAGAGCAUCUUACCAGACGAGAACAUCGACUUUGGCCUCAUUUACGCACUACACACCUUCCUCGCGACCGUCGAGGGCCAGGCGUCUGUCGUCAAGGGCGACUCGCUCCUCCUCCUAGACGACGCCAACUCGUAUUGGUGGCUUGUACGCGUCCUCAAGACUGAGGACGUAGGUUACAUUCCUGCCGAGAACGUCGAGACCCCGUACGAGCGCCUGGCGCGCCUGAACAAGCACCGCAAUGUUGACAUUUCGGCACCCACUGACCGGGAGAAGGCGGAUGCCGAAGCCAAGGAACAAAAGCGACGCGCAGACGGCAAGCUCAAGAGCCUUAUCGGCUGGCCACGAAGAGGUUCGACCCUGCCAGGAGCCGUCGAUCCCUACGAUGACGACCCGGAGACGCGUGAGGGACGACGUAUCCAGUUUGGCCCAUUGACGUUCGUCGACCACCCAGGUGUCACUUGGUCGAGCGAUGGGGAGGAUAGCGACGAUGACGACAUGCACGACGGCGACGAGGAGGACGACGACCAUGAUGUCAACAUGGAUCACCACAUCGACGAGCAGCUGGGGUACGACGCCGAGCCAGACGACGGUGUCGAGUGGGCGCAGGACGCGGUCGAGGCCAUGCGCAACGCGGACGGCAGCUCGACGAGCAUCGAGAUGCGCGACUCGGACAUGGCUUCCGACGCUCACACUCACCCUCUCAACCAUGGCGAGCGAACCGGCCAUGGGGAGCUCGGUACCGAGGUUGCUGCCAGCAUUGGGGUGACCACUGCUGCUGGCGCUGCUGGCCUUCUCGCUGUCAGCUCCUCGGCAGGCACUCCUUCCGGCGCCCUCCAACCUUCGCCCAGCCUCGCAGAGUCAGCCCCUGACGCCUUCCCGCCAGCGCCGGAGCGCUCACCUUCCCCGAGCUCAAGCCCAGUCCAUGGACUAGCUGCUCGGGCUCUGCCUACACCUCCUCCUCACCGUGCGCCGCCCAUCUCUCCGGCGAACGAGGCGAGCCCCGAGCCUCCUAUUCGCGAGAUGACUCCAGUCACUCCGCCCGCACCCACGUCAUCCAGUGUUCCCACCGUGAUGACGCCCGCAUCAUCGGACUUCCACGGCGAAGAGGCUACCUCUCGCCACCAGCCGUCGGCAUCCGUGGCAUCCGCCGUGUCUGCGUUUUCCACCACUUCCGGCGAGACUCUCAACCAGACGCCACUACGCUCGUCGGUACAGUCCGAGGCCUCAUCCUACUCCGCCCCGACGACUGUUGGCGUUCUGGCUGCGGGUGCUGGUGCUGCCACAGUGGCCGGCGUCGCCGCAGGCGCGGCCGCACACUUUGCGAGCACACCAAUGUCCCAGCCUCCUAUGUCUCCAACCGGAACGACACCUGCCUCCGCUGCGUCUGCAGGGCCACCUGUUGGGUUUGUGCCGCCCACCCCAGAGCUGCAGCGGACAUCAGAACCACAGCGAGUACCUGUGCUGGGGGCACAGGAUCGCCUCUGGACUCCCAAGGCGCGUGGCCCCGUCGCGCCUCUGUGGUACUCGGACGCGUUCGACAUUUCGCGCCUGUCGACGCUUGUGCGUGCACGCGCAACCGACAUCAAGCGCAAUACCCCGGUUCCUCGGCCGCGGAAGCAAACCGAGCCUUCUGACACUGUGCAGCGCACGCUGUAUGGCAACCGGCCCGAUGUCGAGCACAUGCCACCCGACCUCCGCGCACCUUACGUCCACUUGCAGGCCAAGAUGGACGCGUUUGACCGUGAAAUUGACGACCUACUCGGCUCGCUUGUUGCCGCGUACUAG